AUGGUGCCCAGACCCACCACUACCGACCACUCUGAGGAGACAGGUGACUCCGAGUUCUUAACCUUUGACGAGUUUAACGCCCUAGCUACCGAGGAGGAAGCAGCUCACGAGGCCCAAGCUGAUCAUCCCCAGGAGAAUCUGCCUUCUGCCGGUGUGAGUUCUACCAGCCCUGUUCAAGUGCAGUCCCUAUCUCACCCUAUUUCUUCUGGUGACAUCACUUCUAGUCUACCCCAACCAUCCCUCAAGGUGACCAACGGUAUUCGCAGUUACAAGAUCAUUGACCCCUUCAAAGGCGACAAAACCCAGGAUAUUGUGGAGUUCUUAUCCAAGUUCGAGGAAACUUAUGGUUUGUUAGGAUGGCCAGAAGCUACUAAGUAUAAUGUUCUCCGUGUUAACAUAGAGGGUGCACCCUUCCAAAUUGUUGACAACAAUGUUCGACUCGCCAAGAAUGAUCCCGAAGCUUAUGCUCAAGCGAAGAAG